AUGGCUAUAUUAGAAGAUCCAACAAUUCAACGUAUUCUUGAUGAAGUAAAUAAAGCAGCAACUGGUGGAGUCUUUGGAUUAGCAGGUAAUUAUAUUCCUGAACCAUCAUCAAAGUCUCACACACAGAUGCCAUCAUCGAAAACAGAAUAUUUUAAUCAGCAACAACAGCAACAUCAGCAACAACAACAACAACAGCAGCAACAGCAACAACAACAACAGGUACCACUUUUCUAUCCAACGCCGGAUAUGUUUAGUCUGGAUAGUAUGACAAAUUUUGAUCAAAAUAUUGAAAUCAAUUCCAUGGAUUCUAUUGUACCAAUAGCGACGCCAAAUAAUUUUGAACUUUAUAAUUCAACUUUAUAUGAUACAAUGGCACGAAGUAUCUUAUCACCAUAUGAAAAUUAUAAAAAUAGUAUGUUAAAUACGAAUAAUAAUAAUACAAAUAAUGGCAUACGUUCAGCAUCAAGUGUUUCAUCAAUAAAUAAUGAAAUAAUGUUAGAACAUCAUCGUCAUCAAGAAUAUCCAACCAUACCACCAAAAAUAACAGCAGCCAUACCUAAUCUUGGUUUAAAUCUACGUACAACACCACCAUUAGAUUCUGUACCAGUCAAUUCAAGUGAAGCAGGCGAUGAAAUUGUUCCAAAUGAAACAACAGAUACAGCAACAAUGGAUUUAUUAGCUGAUAAAGAUGAUACUAGUUCAUUACCACCAAAUAAUAAUGAUGAAAUGGAUCCACCACAUAUAUCAUCAGCUGGUCGUAUUUUUUAUGAUCCACAUCCUCAAAUAAUUCAACGUAAGGGUUCUAAUUCUGUAACAUAUAAACAGAAUAUAAUUGUUCGCUUUUUACAACCACCACCUAUUCCUAAUGCUGGUCCACUUGUUAUUAAAGAAAUAAGUGGCCCACAACAACCACCACUACCACCGCUCGUUAUUAAACAACGACCACCACCACCAAAAACUCCACCACCACUUAUUAUUCGUGAAAAACCACCUGCACUUCCAUCAACACUUGCAACAAAAGUUAUAACUAGACAUUUACCACCUGAACCAGCUCCACCACGAGCUGUUAUUAUUGAACGUUUACCACCUUUACCACCAAAACCACGUGAUAUUAUCAUUGAACGUUGGUUACCUUAUGAAAUAGUCAAUCAAAAACGUAAAGUUGUCGUAGAACGUGUACAAAAAAGUUCUAAAGAUUAUCCACAACCAAAAAAUGUUAUAAUAACUUAUGAACCAGUUCAUGCAAAAAUUGAACGUCAUUUUCAAAAACAAAAUGUUGUUCGUGAAGAUCCUCAAGCAUAUACAGAUCGUUUUGGUGAACUAUUAUGUGAUCCAACGAGUGUUGUUCAACAAGCUCGAGCUGCUGGUGUUCUUGAAGAUCUUAAUCCACCAUCAUCAUUUCUCAAAUCAUUAACUAACAGUGUUGCUACAGGUACAACAGAUUAUGAAACAAUAAUGAAAAAUAAUGAGGAACCAGAUGAUGAACAACUUGAUGAUAAUAAUCAACAAGAACAACAAGAAGUUAUUUCUUCACCGAUUGAAACUGUUCAAGAUGAUGAUGUAUUAAUUGAAGAAAAUGUAACUCCAUUUUAUAUGAAUUCAGGUGAAAAUCUUCAACAAACAUUUCAUCGUUUAGGUUUUGAUAUAGCAGAAAAUAUGAUAAAUGAACAUCAUUUUUGA